UGACGUCUCCGGUGUGGACUGACAGCCCAACCUCUGUCCACAAGGAACAGCACGAGCUCCAGGUGGAGGACACACACACACACACACCCACACACACACACCCACAUACACGCGUCUGUCAACAUGUAACUGCUCUGCGUUACGGAUGGAGCCGCGGAUGGAGAACCAGUCCGAUCCCGUCGGCGCCAACACCGUCAGACUUCCCUCUGAACUCAUCCUGGGAGUCGGUGUCGACAACCUGGUCUCGCUCCUGAUUUUCGCCCUCAUUUUUAUCCUGGGCGUCCUGGGGAACACCACGGUGAUCGCGGUGCUGUCGCGCAGCACCGCGGGCAAACCCCGCAGCACGACCAACAUCUUCAUCCUGAACCUGAGCGUGGCCGACCUGUCCUACCUGCUCUUCUGCGUCCCGUUCCAGUCCACCAUAUACAUGCUGCCCACGUGGGUGCUGGGAGCCUUCAUCUGCAAGUUCACGCACUACUUCUUCACCGUCUCCAUGCUGGUCAGCAUCUUCACGCUCUCCGCCAUGUCCGUGGACCGCUACGUGGCCAUCGUCCACGCCAGGAGGUCCUCGUCCAUCCGCGUGGGCAGACACGCCCUGCUGGCCGUGCUGCUCAUCUGGACCUCGUCCCUGGUCAUGGCGGCUCCGGUGGCGCAUUACCAGAGCAUCGUGGAGAGGGAGGACAACGCCACCUUCUGCUGGGAGGUCUGGCCCGACCACCAGAGGAAGGUGUACGUGACGUGUUCCUUCGUCUUCGGAUACCUGCUGCCCCUCACCCUCAUCUCGGUCUGCUACGCCAAGGUUUUAAAACAUCUGCACAAAAAACUGAGGAACGUCUCUAAAAAGUCAGAGGUUUCCAAAAAGAAGACGGCUCAGACGGUGCUGGCGGUGGUUGUGGUCUUCUGCCUGUCCUGGCUGCCCCACCACGUCGUCCACCUGUGGGUGGAGUUCGGCUCCUUCCCCCUGAACCAGGCCUCCUUCCUCUUCAGGAUGGUUGCCCACUGCCUGGCCUACAGCAACUCCUCCGUCAACCCCGUCAUCUACGCCUUCCUCUCGGAGAACUUCAGGAACUCCUACAGGCAGGUGUUCCACUGCCGCCCGCCCGGCGACUGUCCUCUGAACGACACCAGAGACCCCCGCAGCCGGGCGGAGCCGGCGCCGUCCACCACCCUCAGCGUGGCCUACAGAGGUCCCGACUCUCAGACCAGUAAAAUGCUGUGAGGUCGACGCGGUGGGUCGGUGGGUCGGAGUCGUGUCGCUGUAACUGUGUCCGUUUUAUUUUGAUUUAAAUAGAUUUAAAAACACAUUUGUCUCCAGUGUAAAGAUUAAAAACUUUCAGCUGAA